UUUGCCUUGGCAGAUCUCUUUCUUCCCCUCCAUGAUCCCUUUCCAUGUUAAUAAUCUCGAUGAGAUCCAAUGGGUUGACAUAGUCCGUCGAGCCCUCGAGGAAGAACUCCAAUGCGUCGACGACGACCACCCGGCCACCAUCUCCGACGUCCCCAAGCCAUUACUCUCCAGCAAACCUGAAGCUUACGUUCCUCAAAUGGUCGCCUUGGGCCCUUUCCACCGCCACCGCCAGGAACUCCACGACAUGGAACGCUACAAGAUCGCUUCCGCCAAGAGAUUGCAAAGCCUCCUUCCCGGAGCUAACUUCCACCACAUAGUCAACUUCUUCAUCAAGCUCGAGCUUCAAAUUCGCGCUCACUAUCGCAGGUACCUUAAGUUCAGCGGCGAGACAUUGGCAUGGAUGAUGGCCGUCGACGUCUCUUUCUUGCUCGAAUUCCUCAGGAUCUUCGCCGUGAAAAAUGGAGAAGUACUUCUCGGCAGAACCUCUUCGAGAUUGUCUCAUUUGGUCGGCUGCGAUAGGAGAACAUCAGCAUACAACUUGCUACUCUGCGACGUCAUAAUGCUGGAGAAUCAAAUCCCACUCUUCUUGCUGCACAAAGUCCUCGAGCUGCAGCAUUCGUCGUUGCAAAUCGCGGUUGAAGCCUCUUUUCCUGUACUUAUUGGAUUCUUGAAAGAAGUUUCUCCGUUCAAGAUGUUGGAGAUCUCCCCAUGGAUCGACCUUGGACGGUACACCCAUUUGCUAGAGCUUCUUUAUCACACUGUCGCUCCGAUUUCAGAGGAUCAUUUUGAAACCAUAGAAGGAGAUGAAAUGAAGAGCAACCAAGAAUCGAUCCAUUUCAUUAAGUUGUUCGUUAAAUCAACUCUAGAAUUAAUCUCGAAUCGAGCCCGAACCUUCAUCUUAGCGGUGUUGAAAUUCCUGGUGACGAUACCAUGGAGAACCAUGAAAAGCAUUCCGGCUAUGUCAAUCUUCACACACCCAGUGGAGCAACUCCUCUUCUCCCAAAAUGAUCACACUCAUCCCGGACCAGCUCGAGACAGCAACAGAAUGCCAUUGUUGGAAGAGAUAAGGAUCCCUUCGGUGACUGAGCUAACAAAAGCUGGCAUCAGAUUCUCUGCCACUAAUGGAGAUGUCUCCACAAUCCAGUUCGAUGCAAAAUCUGCAGUAUUAAACCUGCCAAGAAUCAGCAUCGACAUCAAUGCUGAAACAGUACUGAGAAACUUGGUGGCUUAUGAGACUUCGAUCGGGUCUCGACCUUUGUUGUUGUCAAGGUACGUGGAGCUAAUGAACGGGAUUAUCGACACCGCAGAGGACGCGAGGCUGCUGAGCCUGGCAGGGGUGGUGUCGAACCAUUUGAAGAGCGACGAUGAAGUGGCACAACUGUGGAACAGCAUGACCAGGUGUGUGAGGCUCACCAGGGUGGAGAAUUUGGACAAGGUGAUUGAGGAGAUGAACAGGUAUUAUAAUGGGAGAUGGAGAGUGAAGAUGAGAAAGUUGAUGAAGAAUUAUGUGGCUACUGCCUGGGAAUGCCUCGCUCUCUUGGUGGUCGUUUUGUUCGUCUUGAUCGCGAGUGUUCAAGCUUUCUGUGUGUUAUUUGGAUGCCAUCCCAGAUACCAUGGAAGAAGACUUCUAUGA